UAAAAGCGACAACUUUGAGCGAAAAUAAAUGCAACAUUUUGCACAUAGAGACCCCCAUAACCAUACCUUUUCUUAAAGGCCAUUCUAAGCGGAAUCGAUUUAUGCAAUAAAAAAGAUAUGUCAUGUACAAUGCAAGAAAGAACGUGACACAAAUCAAAAUCGACUGUUUUUGCAACUUUUUUUUUUCGGCCGUUUCUUAGUGGAAUGUAACCUUCUCUAGUGCAAUGGUUUACUAUAGUCUUCAAGUGUAUCAUAUUUCAGGGAUUCAGUAGUGAACACCUAUUCAUGCCCUACCAUUAUCUCCGCAAGAAAACACCCGAAUAAUGGUAAAAAGUGUAAAACAUGCCUUCCUGUCAACUAUGAUAUUUUUUUAGAGAGUACAGCCCUACAUGAAGCGAUCAUUUAGUGUAUUGUAACCUAUAAGACAACGUUUACUGUUAACAUCGCAAAAAAUUAGCACUUCUUGAUACUUAUAAACCUAUUUUCUAUGUGCAUGCCAAUUUUCAGACCGAUCUUUCACGUAGAAAUGCUUGAAAAUGCAUUUUAUUAUAACGCCUGAUAAGCCACGUGGCUUUCGCGUUCGGAGCUUUGAUUUAUAACGGGCGUUCAGGCUUAAAACGAUUACCCUAAAUAAUUACAAUCGGUCAAAAUACUGGAAUAUUGUUACAAGCUAUGUAGAAAAAGAAGUAAACAACCAUUAAAACGUGUUCAUGAGCUCUUUCAGCACAAAUUGUUGCGAUUUGAGAUGCUCAAGACGAGUUUUUGUACGUUUUUUUUCUUAUUUUCCUCUGAAAACGUAUUUCUUUCUUAAAAACUCACGAUGCUCCUUAAAUUCGUGAAACAAACGCAUUUAUUCCGUGAAAUUUGCCAAAACGCGUCAUAUCUCACUAAAAAAAUUAUGGUUUUCUGUAAAUACAGCUCCUUUGUGACUAGGCCUGGUUUUGCGUUUAGGUCAUAAUACACUAAAUAGUUUCCCUAUAUAAUUCAAUGUAAAAGCGACAACUUUGAGCGAAAAUAAAUGCAACAUUUUGCACAUAGAGACCCCCAUAACCAUACCUUUUCUUAAAGGCCAUUCUAAGCGGAAUCGAUUUAUGCAAUAAAAAAGAUAUGUCAUGUACAAUGCAAGAAAGAACGUGACACAAAUCAAAAUCGACUGUUUUUGCAACUUUUUUUUUUCGGCCGUUUCUUAGUGGAAUGUAACCUUCUCUAGUGCAAUGGUUUACUAUAGUCUUCAAGUGUAUCAUAUUUCAGGGAUUCAGUAGUGAACACCUAUUCAUGCCCUACCAUUAUCUCCGCAAGAAAACACCCGAAUAAUGGUAAAAAGUGUAAAACAUGCCUUCCUGUCAACUAUGAUAUUUUUUUUAGAGAGUACAGCCCUACAUGAAGCGAUCAUUUAGUGUAUUGUAACCGAAAGACACAAUGAAUUUCUCGCAAGUUAGCAGUCAGAAUAGCUUUGUAUCAAUGUAUAAUGCACACCGACUUGUUAAAUCACCAUUUACCAGCCUCCGACGUUCGUUUCGGGAAUUCCCGGAACAUCUCCGUCUAUUUCCGACUCGACCGUCAUCGCGACGUCACUUGGUGUAUUCACCGUUACUGACCCCGACACGACGUGCAGUAUUACGUCACCGGUGACGUCAGUGUAUGAGAUCAGACCCUUGAUGUCACCGGCAGAUCCUCAAAAGCCUGAGUUCCAAGUGUGGAUCAUUGCCGCCGUUAUUCAAGCGUCUAUAGCCUUCAAUAACCAUGCGGUUCCGGUGCCGUUGACGACCACGUGUACGGACGGAAACACCGCCAUCACGGGAACGUUCAGCGUCAACAUUGUCGACGAGCCGCCGGUGAUAUCAGCACUUCCGGCGAGUGGAACGGCUAUCAACGACGGUCUACAGACGACCGCCGCAAUUCUCAGCACGUUCAGCGUGACAGACAGCGAUGACGCUGUAACAUGCUCCGUGAGAGUGCCACAAAACGCCCGUUUUGAAGUGGUAGCCGCCACUAGCCCAGAGUUGUCCAAGAUCCCUAUGCCAGUUGUGUUCAACGAGCCCAUAACCUUCCUACAGCGUAUCACAGAGUACCUGGAGUACUCAACGCUACUCGAACUGGCGGCAAAACAGGAUGACCCAGUUGACAGGCUACAGCGUUCCAGAUUUGGUACAAGGGACGCCCGCCAGCGUCCCUGAACUAUGACGUCACGCCCGUUCAUAACGUCACGAUUAUUUGCGACAAAGGUAACGUCUUUAGCGCGAGAUAUCACUACGCAGUGGAGCUGGAAAACAGUGUAAGUAGGCCAAGACGAAGAACAGUCUGGCAUGUAGAUCUGUCAUGUGUCACGGUACCAAACUUAAGCAGGAUUGGUGGAAAGAUGUGUGGCGGCCCGGUUAGCUCAGUCGGGAGAGCACUCGCCAUGCAAUUGAGGUGUCCCGGGUUCGACUCCUGGACUGGCUGCACACUUUUCAUCAACCGGCGACACACGGAUUAUAUUUGGUAUACUAAUAAAGAGGAAAUUACGCCCUGCCAAUCUCCCACCAUUGGCCUAAGGUAUUUUCACGGUAACUUAAUAUGAGACAAAGCUUAAAAUUCAUAUUAUAACUCAAAAAGUACAACAGGAAUUAUCAAGAAAUUUUGGUUAUAUUUUUGCUUUGGUCCGUCGAUCCACAUUGAUUUGUCGUGCUGUCUGUCCACACAUACUGAAAAAACACCUCAAGUACCUUAGAUGGUAUUUCAAUGACACAUAAGUUUGAUUUUUAAUUGUUUCAGUUUUAACAUAGUUUAGACAAAAGGUUACACAAACGGAAAUAACUCGUUAAGUUCCUAAGAUGGUACUACAAACCUUGUUUUACAUAUGAAACAUACGUUUUUUUUUAUAUAUUUUAGUUACAUAUGGUUUUAUUUUGAGUUCUUACACAUUUAUCAUUGUUUAUAACAAGAGCAUUAUAAGGUAUACUACAAUUUUUUUGAAAGUGGCUGUCUCUGAAAGCGGCUAAUGUAUUGCUUGUAAAAACUGUAAAAAAAACUGGGACACAAAGACAUCGGAACACAUCGAAAUACAACGGGACAAAUCAGAACACAUCGGGACAUCUCGAAAUCAAUGAUUUCGUUCGUUGAAAACCAACUGAGCCUUUUUCUGAGAAAACGGGUCUUAAUGCAUUUGCAUAAAGUAUCGUCCCAGGUUUGCCUGUAAAGUUCGCACAGGUGAGUCAGGAACGACUCUUUCCGUUCAAAUGUUUUUAUCUAUGUUUAAAGGAGGCCUCUCCUUAUCAUAAAAACAGUUUAAGCAGAAGGUCUCGUCCCUGGGACGACACUUCACGCACAUGCCUUACAGGGGCCUUUUCACAAAUUUGAGCAGAUAUUGACGGGUAUCAUUCAAUGCUUUAUAUUGAUAAAUUGGAUCUAAAAGCUCCAGUAAAAACAAGAAUUAAAUUAAAGAAAAUAGAACCCUCAGCUGGGCUCGAACCACUUACCUCUGGAGUAAAUGUCAAACGCUUAGACCACUCGGCCAUCCGUGCUAAUACAAUGCAUGAUUUUAUUAACCAGGUUUUUAACCAGGUUUUCCGAAGGAAUUAACCAGGUUUUCCGAAGGAAUUAACCAGGUUUUCCGAAGGAAAAAACUGGUUAUUAGAUUGGCGAAUGCGGGCGGGCUGGCUGGCUGGCGGGCUGGCGGAACAAGCUUGUCCGGGCCAUAACUAUGUCGUUCAUUGUCAGAUUUUAAAAUCAUUUGGCAUAUUUGUUCACCAUCAUUGGACGGUGUGUCGCGCGAAAUAAUUACGUCGAUAUCUCCAAGGUCAAGGUCACACUUUGAGUUCAAAGGUCAAAAAUGGCCAUAAAUGAGCUUGUUCUGGCCAUAACUAUGUCAUUCAUUGUGAGAUUUUAAAACCAUUUGGCACAUUUGUUCACCAUAAUGGGACGGUGUGUCGCACGAAAGAAUCACGUCAAUAUCUCCAAUGUCAAGGUCGCCACAACUAAAAAUAGAUUUUUUUUAAAACAAACUUACAAAGGGGGUUAAUUUUGUUUGUUCAUUUCAAAAGUUCAGUUUGAGUUUUCUCCCUUUAUCAGAUUUUUUUUCACAAUGAAAACCUGGUUUUGUGACAAUUUUGUCCCUUGUUAUUUAUAUACCUAAUCCUCGUAGUGUCACUGAAUAUAACGACAACAAAACAACUCUCCACAUUAUUGAAACGUUUCGCGUUGGAACGCUUUAUAAUUUUCAGGUUUUUAAAUCGUCAACAGAUGCGUAUUAUGGAAAUUUUAGAGCAUGGUAAAUGUUCAGUUUUACUGUUUCCUGACAAAUAUCAUAACUACAACGAAACUUUGCGAAUCUGUAACCUUUUUUUUUAUUUUGUCAAUUUAUCAAAACUUGAACAGGUCCAUUAAAACCCCGUUUUCUAAUCAAACCGGCCCAUUUCAUUAAAUAAUUAGUGGGUGUUUCUCUUUCAGCCUCCGGUGUUUGUUAACCUCCCUGCGGUUACUUUUCCGUCAAUAGCCGAGGCGGUGACGUCUAAAACAUUGCUAAAUACUCUCACAGUAUCAGACCUACGCGGUAUGAGUUACUUUGUAGGCUGUGUAAUUUCACAAACCAUUUGCCUGGUGUGGAAAUAUGGAUCCAUUCAUUGUCGAAAUAUGUAAUAUGUUAUAAACUCGGAUUUUUUUUAAGAAUCUUAAGAUUUGCCCGGAAAAAGAACUAUUAAUAUCUAUAUAAUGACGUCAUUAUUUACCCGACGCCACAGCUUGUAGUUUGUAGCUAUAUAAAGACGUCAUUGUUUACGCGACGUCACAGCUUGUAGUUUAUAUCUAUAGAAUGACGUCAUUGUUUACACAACGCCACAGCUUGUGGUUUAUAUCUAUAUAAUGACGUCAUUAUGUACAGGACGACAAAGCUUGUUGUUUAUAUCGAUAAUAUAUUAUAAUGACGUCAUUGUUUACACAACGUCACAGCUUGCAGUUUAGGAUUUCCAACUCGCCCUGAAUAUACUUAUCUGUAUUCAAUCUUAAGGCCACACAAAUUUCAUCAAAUUGAACAUCGUAUUUUGUAAAAUAAUUAUUAGGCGCCCGCGUGUUCCAUUUUGACCCGCAUUCAUUUUUUAAAAAGAGGAGUUGAUUUCUAUUCUUUUAAUUGUAGUAAACCCCACAUACUUUAUGACACAUACUAUUUAUUUGUCUUGAAACGGACAAUAAUACAAAAUGAUACCAUCCAAUAAGCUGAAAACAUUUGGUGGCUGAUUAGCAAAUACUUACCCUAUGACUUUUCUUAUUUUGCACCUUGCGCUCACCUCUUAUUAUAGGUAUAUACUAUAGCAAAUUAAAUACCACUAUUUUAUUCUGUUUGUAUAUGGCGCUCGAUCGCUCAUCAGUUUUAGAAGACAAUUUCGAACAAUUGCUCAAUGUCUUGUUUACAAAACUUAUACGUUCAAUGUUCUAAGUGUGCUAUUUUUAUUUGCAAUUUCAUUUUCCUCAGAUUAUGUUCGUCGAAAUAAGUUGUAACACAAUGUUGUAUAUGUGUAAAAGAUCAUUGCGUCAAAAGAAACUCACACUUUGUCAACAAAUCAAUACGCCACAAAGGCGGAUUUGUUCUUGUGGUACUUAAGAGUAUACCUAUGUCAAAAGAGCUUCUUUCUGUUUAUUUCAAGUUCCACCAUGUUACUUGAGCGAUACUGCGCUUGCCGCGGGAAUUCUACCCUUAGAGCAAAGUACUGUGACACCACCAAAUACGCUACCUGGUGUACGCCCACAAUCCAGGCGGAUUCGAUUUUGAAGGAAGUUCCGGAGCCGUGAACGUCGAGAUCACAUGCAGCGACUCCGUGUCCACCGUCAAAGAGACGCUGAUUGUGAACAUAAUCAAUACGGUACGUCAAGGGCCUCUUAUCCAUCGCUCCAGACACAAAGGAAUGCACCGGUGAUCACUAACCCAGGGGGCUCCAGUGAUGUCGCUGAGGACGUUAGCGGAACGUUGACGUUAAAGACGUUGGAUUUCGUCACUUUCGAUAAGUCUGACGCCGUCUGCUCAAUGACGAGCGCUG